AUGGGAAGUUUCUCAGUACUCCCACCGGAAGCAAGAAGGCUAGAAGGAAAAGUAGCACUAAUUACAGGUGGGGCUAGUGGCCUUGGUGCAGCCACUGCAAGACUAUUCUCCAAACAUGGAGCUAAAGUUGUAAUCGCAGACAUGCAAGAUGAAUUAGGUCACUCUGUAUGCAAUGAACUAAAUCCUCAAUCCACAACUUUUGUCCAUUGUGAUGUCACCAAAGAAACUGAUGUGGAAAAUGCUGUAAACCAUGCUGUUUCCACGUACGGCAAGCUAGACAUUAUGUAUAACAAUGCUGGUAUUGGUGGAGAAUCCAAAUUCAACAUCCUUGACAACACUCAGGCUGAUUUUGAGAAUGUACUUAGAAUCAACGUAGUAGGCGCUUUUCUUGGUACCAAACAUGCAGCCCGUGUGAUGAUUCCAGCUCGCAAAGGAUGUAUAAUCAAUACUGCUAGCGUAUGCUCAAUCAUAGGAGCGGUUGCACCGCAUGCCUACACAAGCUCAAAACAUGCUGUGGAUGGAUUAAUGAAAAAUACAGCAGUUGAGCUUGGACAUUUUGGCAUUCGUGUAAACAAUGUGUCACCCUACGUGGUUCUUACACCUUUGACAGUGGAUUUGUUUAAUCUAGAUGAGGGUGGAGUUGCCCGUCUUUAUGGCAACCUCAAGGAUAAAGAUCUCAAGCCAGAGGAUGUGGCUGACGCUGCACUCUUUCUUGCAAGUGAUGACUCAAAAUAUGUGAGUGGACAUAAUCUUGUCAUAGACGGAGGCUUCCACGUUUUGAAUUCGGGCUUCUCUAUGUAUCCACAGUAAAGAAUAAAAUGGGAAGUCUAAAUGCAUUGAAA